GACUGGUGAAGAAACGACACUGCGAAGAGUCAACCCAGGAGCAUGGCACAGUUUACCCUCGUUCCUGCGAAGGAGAAAAGAAGAUUUAUUUUUUACUUUCUCAGGAAAUUUUUAAAAAUAAAUCUGAAGAGUGGAAAGUAUGAGAAAAAAAUGCCCAACGUUGUGGAGAAGCAUAAUAAAGGAAAACCAAAAGAAAAAAAAAAAAUCACCAAGUGAAGGAAAUAGGGCCGAAGGAACACCAUAGGGAGAGACUACCCCCACCAGUAGGGAAGCAGAAGUUGCAAAGGGAUAACCAGGGAGAGUAAGAUGCGCGAUGCGGGACUGCCGAACGACCUGCGAAAUGGGGAACAUUCCAUGAUAAGUGGAAAAAGCCAGAUGGACCUUAUUGUGCGGAAAGAAAUAGGAAAGUGGGUGCUGCUGCACAGGUUUAUUCAUAAGUACGAUGGGCUCGCGGGCGAAGGAACACUUGUGAGGGAGAAGAUGGCGAAGCAGGGUGAGCAUUUAAGCGAGCAUCCCAGCGAGCAUCCCAGCGAGCAUCCCAGCGAGCAUCCAAGCGAGCAUCCAACUGACCAUCCAACUGACCAACCAACUGACAAUCCAACUGGUCUUCCAACUGACCAUCCAACUGACCAACCAACUGACAAUCCAACUGGUCUUCCAACUGAUCAACCGACUGACCAUCCAACUGAUCAUCCAGCUGGUCUUCCAACUGGCCUUCCAAACGUGUUUAGCCUCUUCUAUAGACCGACGGGAACGCAUCAAAUAGGCAGAGUAAGCUGGAAAAUCAUAGCACGAGAGCAAAUCAGCCCUCCGGAGGCAUUCACCUAUACCCCCGUGAAUCAAAAAACGUCUCGCACCGGACCCUGUGGGGCAUUCGUAGAAAAAUGCCGAUCAAAGGUUACGACAAACGGUAAGAUGCAAAAUUUGCCUUUACAAAAUAACCGAUGGGAAGAGCUUAACAUUAAAGAAGAUCCAAACGAAUCAUUUUGUAAUCCCCCAGCGGGCACAAAAAAGGCCAAAAGGAAGGUAACAAAAAAACACGGAAUUAGCGAAGAGACAACUAAGGCUAUCCUAUCGAAGUGUAUCGAAAUAAAGAGUUACAUCGUCCAAUACAAAAAGAGCUUCAAAAAUAUGUUAAUCAAUUUGUUUAACGAAUACACGUUCCUGAAGAGGUACAUGAACAGCAACUACAACACUUACCAUAAGUUAAAAUUCUUCCUUAGCUGUAACCAUUAUGUGAAGAAGUUACAUGGCGUCCUGUCCAUUUUUGCUGACGUUAUAGCAGAGAGUGACGAAUAUUUAAUGAUAGAAUUGUAUGAGAAAAUAAAAAUUAACGUGCGUCUGUUGUACUAUGUGGGGAGAAUUUUAUCCAACUAUCUCACCUGCAUUGCUUAUAGAAAAAUGGCAUACGUAAUUAUAAUUUGUAUUUCUCGAGUUCACACCAUUUUUAAAUGUAUGCUCAUGUCCGAGCCGUUUAAGAGCGGCGUUCCGGAACUGAUCAGGAUGGUUAAGUACGAUCUUGAGUGA